AUGAACUCCGGCAUAGACUACUUUAGUUUUCUUCCAGUAAAGGAGAUGUCGAAUGAGUAUUUUCAGGUCAACUACACUAAAAGCAAACUAAAAGAUUCAGAUUAUAAUACGCUCAAGGUCAGGCUUGCAAACAGUGAUCUACACGCCAAUUGUCGCAUCAUGCUAGGAACCGACAAGAGAGCCACCGUGACAACCAACUGGUCUGAGUUCCGCCGCCUUUCAAAAAUCCAUGAAGUAGACUUCUGUACCUUUCGUUUCAAGGUCACCACAAAGCAGCGCCUGGUUCUCAUCGUGCAUUGCCUUUAG